UACACCUUAUACAUACCAAUGAAUAGACUUCAUAUAUUCUGUUGGGUGCUUUGCAUUUACCAAUAACCAUUCGAUCUGUUAAAGUUUGGAAUAUGAAAGAUACCUAAUAUAGGUACUGAAAGAAAGAAAGGAAAACUAUACAGGUUCCAUUAAGCCUGAAUUCGGAAACAGACUUGAAUAAGUUUCUUCAAAAUGAGCUGAAAGUGUGGCAGAACAAACAUUAUUGAUUAAAAACUGGUGAAAUGUUGAUACAUAUUCUUAUCAUCUCUCUACCUGUCAUCUCUUUACAAGGACAUCAGUAUGAGGCUGAACCCAGAUUUAUAAACAGUGUAAAAAACAUGACAGUUUCCGUUGGACGAGAAGCCAUUCUUUCCUGCUCAGUAGUAAAUCUACAGGACUACAAGGUUGGAUGGAUCAAAGCAAGUGACCAGACAAUUCUUAGCCUUCACAAAAGAGUCAUCACAAACAACAAGAGAAUACAUGUUACACAUGAUGAGCAUAAUACCUGGAAUCUCCAUAUCAAGGAUGUAGUGGUUGAAGAUAGAGACUGCUAUAUGUGUCAGAUUAACACUGCAAUUAUGAAGAAACAAGUUGGCUGUGUAGAUGUACUCGUUCCUCCUGAUAUUGACGUAAGAACUACAUCUAGUGAUAUCUCAGUAUUGGAAGGUUCAAAUAUAACACUGACGUGUGUGGCUCAUGGUCUCCCGUCACCCAAGGUUACAUGGAGAAGGGAGGAUAAGACUAGUUUUAAGCUUCUCUCUCACAAUAUAGUUCAAACAGUUACUAAAUUUGUAGGUGGAACUCUGCCGUUACUUGAUGUACGACGGCAACACAUGGGAUCCUUCCUCUGUAUUGCAAACAACAAUGUUCCUCCUGCAGUCAGCAAACGAAUCAUGGUUCAUGUCAACUUUUCUCCAUCAGUUGUUGUUCAACCUCAACUCAUUGGUAUUCCUGUAGGAGAGAGAUUAGUUUUAAACUGUAGCGUGGAGGCUUAUCCUGCUCCUAUAACCUACUGGCAGAAGGAAAGGGGUUUGUCCAACAACAAGGAUAGGAGCAACAAGGAUAAGGGAAAUUCUUCGGGAAAAAUAAUGCUAAUAUCAAAAUCCAGUACUGAGUACCACACUGAAUCUCACAGUUUGGGAUACACUCAUACAACAUCCUUGGUAAUACCCAGUUUUAGUCUGGAGUUCUCUGGAGUAUAUGAGUGCAUAUCCUCAAACUCCCUUGGAUCUCAAGUGGCUGGAGCCCGUGUAUACGAUAUUCCAGGAGCAGCAAGUAAACCGGAAACAAGUACAAAGACAACGUUUCGGAUCAAUAUCCACACUCUUAAGGAUGAUGAGGAUAAAAUCUUUCACUCAACUAAAAAAACAUGGAUACAAAGAGUAGGGGUUACUUCACAGACGGAGACCACGACGUUUAAAGAUUCUAAUACACAAACUUCUAUUUUUGGAUACUCCUGUGUACUUCGGCCUAGUUCAAUAAGCUUGAGAACUUUGCUUCCUACCUGGCUAUUAUCCAGGAUACCUACCUUGUUCGUAUUUAUUUAUGAUUUUCCCCUUUGCACUGUCUUGUACGCAUGUUUUUUUUUAAAACAAUAAAAAAUUAUCAACGAAAAAUUGAAUUUACAUGUGCAUACAUAAAAAGACUAAAAGUCGUGUGGUCCACAGUGAUAACCAGACGACUUUUAGACUAAAGUUAUGACUUUAAAUGGUCCAAUGAACAUGAGGCACAGCAAUUGUGCAGAGUAAAAAGACCCAUUUUACAUUAAAGUCCUUCAAUGAGUUAAUUGUAAAAUUAUUUGCUUUGUGACAACAUCAAAUACACUUAGAUAUUUAUUUAA